AUUUGCCUUCCCUUCUUCUGUUCUGUCCGAAAAGAAAACACUCGAGCGAGUUCUCUGUUGUCUCCAACAACCAACAUGUUGCUGGCAACUCUCAAUCUCACUACAACCCCGCUGUAGGGUUUCUCGUAAUCCAUGAUGCCCCAACUUCCGCCUCCUUUCUCUCUCACCCUAUUAAAUUCUCUUUAAAACAUUUCCAUAACAUUUUUUUUUUUUCUGUUUUGUGAGUGCUUUUGUUUUACUAUUUUAUGGUUCGGCAGCUAUAAAGAACUUGAAAUAUGCUCAUUUAACUCUAUUAUUCCAAUAUACCCAUUAGUUUUUUUGGUUCUGAAUUUUUGGUUUCAUGGCGCUGGAAUCUUCUAUUUUCAAUGCGACAAGUUUCAUUUCCGGCACGAAAUCGUCGUUUUUGCUGUCUUACUUUGAUCGGCACAUGAGAUUUCCGGUAAAGAUCUUGGAGAAAAAUAAUCGGUUCCCAUGUCGGUUAUCUUUGAAUUGCAUUGGUCCGUGUGGUUUUAGGAGCUGUUUUAGUGCUAGAUAUCAGGAAAACGACUUGUUUUUACGCAGAGGUGGUUUGGAAUUUUUGGGUGAAGAUAGUGAGAGUUUGUGUGGUAAAGGUGUGAAUUUAGACUUUUUUACAGAGUUGGUGAAGCGCCGGAUUGUUUUGGUGGCAAUGGUUUGUGCGGGUUUAGCGUUUGGGUGUAGGAGAGUGUUUGCAAUGGAAGGUGCGGUCAAUGCUGGUUAUGGCUUUACUGGGAAAAGCAUUUUGUUGUUGAGGAAUGCGUGGCCGAAGACGUCAGAGGUUCUUCGGGUUUUCAAAGAGCAGGGUCUGGUUUUGGCAGCGCUUUUGGGUCUAUCGGCGUUUUUCUCAAUGGCGGAGACUUCAAUUACUACGCUUUGGCCUUGGAAGGUGCGUGAGUUGGCUGAAAAGGAGCCUGAAAAUGGAGUCUUCAGAAAGCUUCACAGUGAUGUCACACGGUUCCUAACUACUAUACUAAUUGGCACAACUGUUGUCAAUAUUGGAGCAACUGCCUUAGUCACAGAAGCCGCAACAGCAAUAUUUGGUGAAGCUGGUGUUAGUGCAGCAACUGGAGUAAUGACUGUAGCCAUUUUGCUCCUCACGGAAAUCACUCCGAAAAGUAUAGCUGUUCAUAAUGCUACAGAGGUUGCUAGGUUUGUGGUCAGACCAGUGGCAUGGCUUUCAUUGGUAUUAUAUCCUGUGGGAAGAGUUGUCACAUAUUUAUCUAUGGGGAUGCUAAAAAUCCUUGGUUUAAAAGGAAGAAGCAAACCAUAUGUAACUGAAGAGGAGUUGAAAUUGAUGUUGCGAGGAGCAGAGUUGAGUGGGGCAAUCGAGGAGGAAGAACAGGAUAUGAUUGAAAAUGUAUUGGAGAUUAAAGAUACUCAUGUUAGAGAGGUGAUGACACCUCUUGUAGAUGUAGUUGCAAUUGAUGACAAUGCGACACUUUUAGAUUUUAAUAACUUGUGGGUGACUCAUCAAUAUUCAAGGGUACCUGUUUUUGAGCAGCGUAUUGAUAAUAUAGUGGGUAUUGCAUAUGCUAUGGAUCUGCUGGAUUAUGUUAAGAAGGGUGAGCAGCUAGAAACUACUACUGUCGGACAGAUGGCUCAGAAACCUGCAUACUUUGUGCCUGAUUCAAUGUUAGUCUGGAAUCUCCUUAGGGAGUUUCGCAUCAGGAAGGUUCACAUGGCUGUUGUGCUUAACGAAUAUGGUGGAACUGUGGGAAUUGUUACCCUGGAAGAUGUGGUUGAGGAGAUUGUUGGUGAAAUCUUCGAUGAAAAUGAUUCAAAGGAAGAGAUUCAGAAGAAAACGGGCUACAUUGUAAUGCGAGCAGAGGGAAUAUUUGAUGUGGAUGCAAACACUUCUAUUGAUCAACUUUCUGAAGAUCUAAAUAUCAAGAUGCUGGAGGUGUGGCUAAUUGAAUGGAAAAGAUCUUUCGUGUGUUGUUGUGGGGAGGCUUGGGAGAUGAGAAAAAGUUGCAUUUGAUUAAAUGGGACAUGAUUUGUACCCACUUUAUCUCGUGGAGGUUUGGGGGGUAAAAAAGCUGAGAAUUUUUAGUAAGGCACUACUUGGGAAAUGGUUGUGACGGUAUCACCAAGAAAGGGAUGCUCUAUGGAGGAUUGUCAUUGAUGCUAAAUUUGGGAGCAUUUGGGGAGGUUGGAUCUCAAAUGAAGUGAGAGGAGUGUAUGGUGUGGGAGUAUGUAAAUUUAUUCAGAAUGGAUGGGAGGACUGCAUUAGCAAUUUCAUAUUUGUGGUGGGUAGGGGAUCCAGAAUCAGAUUUUGGCAUGAUGUUUGGUGUGGAGAUGUUGCUUUGAAGGAUGCUUUCCCUUCUCUUUUUAGGAUUGCAUUGGAUAAGGAUGCUUCUGUAGCAAACUACAUGGACAAUUCAAAGGGCUUUGUGCAGUGGAAUAUGAGGUUCAUUAGAGCUGUUCAGGAUUGGGAGGUGGGGAACAUAUCUGAUUUUUACAGCACCUUGUAUGCAUUGAACAUGGAGUGUAGUGGGGAAGGAUAAAAGGCUUUGGAUUCAUCCCGGGAAUAAGAACUUCUCGUUUAGAUCUUUGUACAAGGUUAUGUCAACUCAAUCAUCUAUUGUUUUUCCUUGGAAGGGCAUUUGGAAAAGUAAAGUGCCUCUCAAGGUUGCUUUUUUCAGUUGGUUGGCCUCUCAUGGGAAAAUCUUGACUAUUGAUAAGUUGAGGAAGCGUGAUAUAUUUAUUAUGGAUUGGUGCUUUAUGUGUAAAAGGAAUGAUGAAUUGGUGGAUCAUCUUCUUCUCCAUUGUGAUAUGGUGAAGGUUUUAUGGUAUGAGAUUUUUGUUAGGCUUGAUAUUGCAUGGGUGAUGCCUAGGAGGGUGGUGGAUCUUUUGGCUUGUUGGAGUGGAAUAUAGGGCAAUCGUCAAAUAGCAGUUGUUUGGAAGAUGGUGCCAUUAUAUCUUAUGUGGUGCAUAUGUAAUGAGAGAAAUGGAUGUGACGUUGCUUUGAAAAUAGAGAACAUUCGUUUGGGAGGGAUUAGAGAUUUAUUUUUCCAUACGUUGUUACUUUGGGUCUCGGCUAUUGUAUUGGAAGGGGUUAGUUUUAAUGAUUUUUAUGCUGCUUUUUCUAGCUCAGGGAUUGUAAUUAGGUGUUUUUCUCUUGUAUACUACACGUGUGCUUGGACUAUGCCUAAUUAUGUGGAUUAAUAAAUUUCUUACUUAUAAAAAAAAAAUGUUGAACAACCUUCCUAUAUGCUUUAUAAACCGCAUUUUCUUCCAUUUCUUAUUUAUGUACUUAAUAUAUCUUACAUCAAUACAAGAAACAUUUUGUUAUCUUAGAUCAUACUCAUAGUAUUCAUGUAUUUCCAAUACGCUUUGAACUCCCAUUCAGCUCA